AUGGGUGUCCCCUCCCAGUCAUCCGCCGCGGGCGUGCUCGCACUCCUUUCGGACCCCGAACCGCUGCUCAAACAGUAUGCGCUCAAGGCCCUCAACCAGCUCGUGCCUCAAUUCUGGGCUGAGAUCUCAGAGCACAUUGCGCUUAUCGAAUCGCUCUAUGAAGGCGAGGGUCUUCCUCAGGAGGCGCAUGACUCUGCUGCCUUGCUCGCGAGCAAGGUUUACUAUUACCUUGGGGAGUACGAUGAGGCACUGUCCUUCGCUCUCGGCGCAGGAAGCGCGUUUGUGGCCGACAGCCGCAAUCCAGGAGCCGGGGAGUAUGUGGAGACAGUAGUCUCCAAGGCCAUUGACCGCUACAUCUCAAGCCGGAAUGCUGAGCAGUCGGAAGGCAGGAUCGACCCGAGGCUGCAAGGUAUCAUCGAAGGAAUCUUUGGCAGGUGCAUCGAGGAUGGCGAGUACAGACAGGCAAUCGGCAUCGCGCUGGAGUCCAGGCGACUGGACAUUAUCAAGUCUAUCUAUGAGCAAACGCGCGAUACGACCCUUCUCUCCUACGCCAUGGAGGCGGUUCUGGACACCGCCUUUCCGCUCGCCUACCGCGACCAAGUUCUCAAGUUCCUGUUCCCUCUCUUCCCAGCACCUACCGGCGAUGCGAAGACAGCGCAUGUGUAUGCGCUAACGCGCAUCCUCGUCACUCUCAACUCCCCUGAGAUGACCAUCAACUUCUUCACCUCACUCGUACCGGCGCAGAAACUUCUUGCAUACCAGUUCGCGUUUGAUCUCGUGGAGGGUGGUGGCCAGGACUUCUUGGAGGUUGUGAGGAAAGACCUUCCCGAAGGCGACGAAGCAACGAAGCCCAUCUACGACCAGCUCCGCAAGAUCCUUCUUGGUCAGGAGUCCAUCAAACUAUACCUUGAAUUCCUUAAACGCAACAACAAGGUGGACAUGCUCAUCCUCAAGAACACCAAGGAUGCCUUGGAGCCCCGUUCGUCGAUCUACCACUCCGCCCUUACUCUCCAAAACGCGUUCAUGCACGCUGGUACCACGUCGGACGUGUUUUUGCGGGAGAACCUCGAAUGGCUCGCGCUCGCCAACAACUGGUCGAAGUUUUCGGCUGCCGCCGCCAUUGGUGUCAUCCACAAAGGCCACUUCCAGGAGAGCAUGGCUAUCCUCGGUCCGUACCUUCCUGCUCAGGGCGCGGAAUCCAGCACCGGUAGCGCCGCCUACUCGGAGGGUGGUGCGCUGUACGCUCUCGGUCUGGUGAACGCGGGAUGCGGCAGCGGGCAGGAAGUCGAGGCUUACCUCCGUACCCUCAUCAAGAGCACCAACAGUGAGGUUGUCCAGCACGGCGCAGCCCUCGGUCUCGGCGUUGCUGGUAUGGGUGGCAAGAGCGCGGAAGCUUACGACGACCUGAAGCAAACGCUGUUCUCCGAUUCCGCCGUUGCAGGCGAGGCAGCCGGGUAUGCAAUGGGUCUCAUCAUGCUCGGCACUGCAGACGCGACGAGUGCGGACGAGAUGCUCACCUAUGCGAGGGAAACCCAACACGAGAAAAUUAUCCGCGGUCUCGCAGUAGGUCUCGCGCUCAUCUUUUACGGACGUCAAGAAGAGGCGGAUGAAAUGGUGAAGAUGCUCAUGGCGGAGAAGGACCCAAUUCUCCGCUAUGGCGGUGUUUAUACGCUCGCGUUGGCCUACGCUGGGACUUCCAACAACGCCGCCAUUCGUCAACUUCUCCACGUCGCCGUCUCGGACACCUCGGAUGAUGUACGUAGGGCUGCGGUUACCAGUCUGGCGUUCCUGCUUUUCAAGAACCCGGCACAAGUUCCCCGUAUCGUUCAGCUGCUCUCGGAAAGCUACAACCCCCAUGUCCGUUGUGGUGCUACCCUGGCUCUUGGUAUUGCAUGCGCUGGUACCGGUCUUCAGGAUGCCGUUGACAUUCUCGAACCCAUGACCCGUGACAGUGUCGACUUCGUCCGCCAAGGCGCUCUCAUCUCGUUGGGCAUGAUUCUUGUCGAGCAGUCCGAGGCAUCGUCGCCUUCCCUCGCAUCCACCCGCGCCCUCUUCGCAAAGAUCGUCUCCGACAAGCAUGACGACCCAAUGGCCAGGUUUGGUGCCGCUCUUGGUCAGGGUCUCAUCGACGCAGGUGGCCGUAAUGUCACCAUCAGCCUGCAAAGCCGCGCCGGCAGUCGCAACACGGCGGCGAUUGUUGGUAUGGUGCUCUUCUGCCAGUUCUGGUACUGGUAUCCCCUCGCCCAUUGCGCUUGCCUUGCUUUCGAGCCCACGGGUAUCAUCGGCCUCGAUGAGAACCUCAAGGCACCUAAGUUCGACUUUACCUCCAAUGCGAAGCCGAGCUUGUUCGCGUACCCUUCUGCGAUGAAACCCCCAAAGAAGGAGGCCGUUGCCAAAGUUGCUACGGCUGUGCUUUCGACUACGGCCAAGGCAAAGGCUCGUGAAAAGAGGAAGGCCGCUGAACAGGGCGAAGUCAGCCCUACGGAUGACAAGAAAGACGGCGAUGUUGAAAUGAAGGGUGCUGAAUCAUCCACUUCGCGACACGGCGACGUCUCUCCGAUCUCACUUGCGGAAGGCACACCAAAAUCUCGCAAGUCCGAGGUCCCUUCAGAGAAGCUGUCAAACUUCUCGCGAGUCACGCCCGCGCAGCUCGCCUACAUCACGUUUGCAUCGGGCAGCCGUUAUCAACCUGUGCGCGUCGUGUCCACCCGUCCACCGCCCUCUACCAAGACGCCAAAGACGGCAUCCUCCCUGGCGCUUGCGGUGGAGCGGUACGCGGGUGGUGGUGGUAUCCUCAUCAUGGCGGACACCCGUCCGGAAGAGGACGCCGAGUACAUUGAGUUCGAGACGCAGCCCGUCCCUCAGGCCGCUCCAGGUGUGGCUGCUCACAGCACGCCGCCAAUGACGCCCGGCCGCCAUAUCGCGUUAGAUGAGAACGCGCCCGAAGCCCCUCUCCCGGAGGCGUUUGAGAGGCUGGAGCCUUACACAAUCAUCUGUGCGAUGCGGGAGCGCACCAAGUUCACGGCCACCCUUUUGGAUCGGCUCCCCAACCUGAAGUUGAUCGCCACCACAGGUCCCUACAAUAGGGGCAUCGACGUCGCAUAUGCGAAGACGAAGGGCGUGGUCGUUUCGGGGACUGGAGGCAAAGGGAACUCGACGCUGGAACACAUAUGGGCACUCAUUCUGGCCACGGUGCGGUAUAUCACCGUGGAAGAUGCGCGGGUGAAGGCGAGCGCAACGCCGUGGCAGGCCACCGUUCCUAUGGGCCUGUCCGGGAGGGUCCUCGGUCUCGUCGGUGCGGGCAGGUUGGGUGCGGCGACGGCGAAGAUUGCGAAGGCAUUCGACAUGGAGGUCGUCGCAUGGUCCCCGAACUUGACCCCUGGACGCGCCGCAGAGGCCGGGGUUGAGUUCGUCGCGACGAAGGAGGAGCUGUUCGCGCGGAGCGACGUCGUGUCGGUGCACAUGGUGUUGUCGGACAAGACGUGCAGGAUGAUCACGGCGAGUGACUUUGCGGCCAUGAAGCCGACCGCGUUCUUCAUCAACACGUCCCGCGGCCCGCUUGUGGACGAGCCGGCGAUGAUCGAGGCACUGAAGGCAGGGAAGUUCGCGGGGGCAGGACUGGACGUGUUUGAGGAGGAGCCGCUACCGCUGGAACAUCCCCUGCGGAAGCUGGCGAACGUGACACUGAGCCCGCACACGGGGUACGUGAGCGACUCGAACUACGAGGUGUUCUGGGGUGACACGGUCCAGAACAUCGCCGCGUUUCUCGAGGGGCACCCAACACGCGUGGUGGGCUAG